AUCAUUAUUAAAAAUAUUCACGUUCAAUGCUGUUUGUACCUGUUUCGCAAAAGGUUAUUUUGAAUCAGAUGUGGUUGGGAUUGAAGGCGAGUUUAUUCGAUGUCUGAUGAUGGCCGUGAACGAUUUUGUUAUUAUCUGUGCGUAGGGAGUGAUUUUUGAAUAUUUAUGUGAUAGAUGCAUUAAUUUUCACGUUUCAAUAUAUUUACAUUACAAUUCAGGAAAAUGGACUAUUAUUUGGGGUAUAUUAUAUCUCUAUUUUUAUCGAUAUACUUAGCUGUGAAGAAUUAUAUAAGGGCUGCUAAGAUAAUAUGGAAUUUACCAGGACCUCCAGCGCUACCUUUAUUAGGGAAUGGAUUCAUGUUAAAAAAUCAUAAGGAGAUGGAGCAGCUUGGGAAUACUGCAUAUCAAAGAUACGGGUCAUACUUUAGAGUUUGGUUUGCAUUUCUACCGACAGUCUUCAUUUACGAACCAAAACAUGUCAAAUUAAUUUUAGCAACCAACAAAAAUAAUCAGAAAAGUUUUGUAUACAAAGCUUUACAUAAUUUCCUUGGAGAAGGACUUAUAACCAGUAAUGGACACAAAUGGAAAAAGAACAGAAAAUUAAUUCAGCCAUAUUUCCAUAUACAAAUUUUGGAAACUUUCGUAGAAACUUUUGCUGAAUGCGCUAACCGAUUUGUUAAUAAAUUAGAAGCGGAAAAGACCGUGAAAAUAACACCAUUUAUUAACGAAUGUGUUUUAGAUAUUUUACACAAUGGAGUCCUAGGAGUUCCCUUAGAUCAACAGUCUCCUUACAGAAAGGGAGAAUUGCAAGCAAUAGAAAGAUAUAGCAAGCCGUGGUUGCUGUUGGAAUCUAUAUUUAAUUGGACCUCUUCAUCGAAACAAGAAAAAGCACAGAAGCUAAGUCUUCAUUCAUAUACUAAACAGAUAGUCAUCAAUAGAAAAAAAGAAACGAAAAAAUCUAAUAGAUCAUGUUUUCUGGAUAUGUUUCUAGAAAUUGCAGAAAAAAAUUCUGAAUUCACCAAUGACGAUAUAAUAAGUGAAGCUAUAACAUUCAUGUUGGCCGGUCAAGAUUCAGUAGGAGCAACUUUGGCGUUUACCCUCUUCUAUAUUGCAAAAUAUCCGGAGAUACAAGAAAAGAUUUUCGAUGAAAUCUCCAAGAUCGAUAAAAACGGAAAACUUGGAAUAAACGAUAUUAACGGAAUGAAAUAUUUAGAACAAGUUAUAAAGGAAUCUCUAAGAUUGUCACCGGUGGUACCAAUGAUAAAUCGUGUUUUAACUGAAGAUGUUAUGUUCGAUGAUCUAUUGUUACCUCAGGGUACACUCAUAGGUUUAUCUCCGUAUAUAACACACAGGCUUCCGCACGUAUUUCCCGAACCACAAAAAUUUGAUCCGAACAGAUUUGAAGAAUCUAAAUUGGAAAAUAUGCACCCCUAUGCAUUUCUACCCUUUAGCCUAGGUCCUAGGAAUUGUAUAGGUUAUAAAUUUGCUUUAAUCGAGAUAAAAACAAUCAUUUACUAUUUAUUACAAAAAUACGAGCUUAGUCUACCGAAAGGAAAAGAAGAAAUCGAAAUAGCAUACAGAGCAACUUUAAGAUCGAAAGGGGGAAUUUGGAUUACUCUGAAUUCAAGAAUAAGUUAAAAUCUGAUUGUACAAAUUAGGAUUCCAAUAUUUUGUUGUGUUUAAAUCUAAUGGAAUAAAUUAUAUAAUUCCCAAACAAUUU